UGCUCUAUAGUGAGGCCGUCGGGGCGGCGCUCUAGACGGUUCGGUGCUCUCGAUGGAUCGGCGACGCCGGGCCGGGCGGGUGAGCGGCGGCGCGGUGCUGCCCCGCUGAGGAACCGGCGGGCGGGCGGGGCCCUCCGCCAUGGAGCCCGAGACGCUGGAGGCGCGCAUCAACAAAGCAACAAACCCCCUGAACAAGGACCUGGACUGGGAUGGUAUCAACGCUUUCUGUGAGCAGCUCAAUAAGGAGCUAGAGGGUCCUCCACUUGCUACACGACUUCUUGCCCACAAGAUCCAGUCUCCGCAGGAAUGGGAAGCUAUCCAGGCCCUCACGGUUCUGGAGUCCUGCAUGAAGAGCUGCGGCAAACGGUUCCAUGAUGAGGUGGGCAAGUUCCGCUUCCUCAAUGAGCUCAUCAAAGUGGUGUCACCCAAGUAUCUUGGCAGCCGGACACCAGAAAAAGUGAAGUCAAAGAUCCUGGAGCUGAUGUACAGCUGGACGUUGGGGCUGCCUCACGAGGUGAAGAUCUCAGAGGCCUACCAGAUGCUGAAGAAACAAGGGAUCGUGAAAUGUGACCCAAAACUGCCUGACGAUGCUCCUUUUCCACUUCCUCCCCCUCGGCCCAAGAACAUAAUCUUUGAUGAUGAAGAGAAAUCCAAGAUACUGGCUCGUCUCCUGAAAAGUUCCCAUCCUGAGGACCUCCGGGCUGCCAACAAGCUCAUCAAGGAGAUGGUUCAGGAGGAUCAGAAGCGCAUGGAGAAGAUCUCCAAGAGGGUGAAUGCCAUCGAGGAGGUGAACAACAAUGUGAAGCUGCUGACAGAGAUGGUGACAAACUACAGCAAGGGGGAGACAACAGAGAGCAAUGAGGACCUAAUGAAGGAGCUGUAUCAGCGCUGCGAGCGCAUGAGGCCCAUGCUUUUCCGACUUGCCAGUGACACAGAAGACAAUGAUGAAGCUCUGGCGGAGAUCCUGCAAGCCAAUGACAAUCUGACACAGGUGAUCAAUCUCUACAAGCAGCUUGUGCGGGGAGAAGAGAUCAAUGGGGAGACAGUGGCUGGUCCGCUUCGAGGCAGCACCUCAGCGCUUCUGGAUCUGUCAGGCCUGGAUCUUCCAGCAUCAGGCCCUUCCUACCCAGUCUUGCCCACACUGUCAGGUGGCUCAGCAGUCCCCGUGCCUGACCAAGCUGGCUCUGUCUCCUUGCUGGAUGAUGAACUCAUGUCUUUAGGCCUGAAUGACCCAGCACCACAUCCUGCCCAGGCUGGUGACAGCAGUGGCUGGAACAGCUUCCAGUCAUCAGAUAGCAACGAGCUCAGUGUCACUCCGAUCAUGGCAAUGCAACCAGUCAAAGCAGAUGCUGGCGCGUCCUCUCCCAAACCUUCUCCUUUCACCAGUGGGCUGGAUGACCUGGACCUCCUGGGCAAGACUCUGCUGCAACAGUCUCUGCCUCCAGAGUCCCAACAAGUGCGAUGGGAGAAGCAGCAGCCCCCUCCCCGGCUCACCCUGAGGGAUCUCCAGAACAGGAGCAGCUCUGGCAUCGUGGCCCACAAUCCCAGUGCUCUGCCCGUGCUCCAGAGCGUUUCCCCUAACCCCACGCUGCCCCUGACCUCAGAGCUGCCUGCCCCUGCUACACUUCCCAAAGCUGCCACCGCACCAGCAGGAAGUACUGCAGUCCCACCACGGCCUCCUGCCACUGCGCUGCCUCAGGAGAUCUCGCUGGCCAACAUCACUGUGCCUCUGGAGUCAAUCAAACCCAGCAGCAUCCUCCCUGUGACAGUGUAUGAUCAGCACGGCUUCCGUGUCCUCUUCCACUUUGCUAAGGAUGCCCUGCCUGAGAGACCUGAUGUGCUUGUGGUGGUGAUUUCUAUGCUUAGUACGGCCCCGCAGCCCAUCCGCAACAUUGUCUUUCAGUCUGCCGUCCCCAAGGUGAUGAAGGUGAAGCUGCAGCCUCCCUCAGGCACGGAGCUGCCAGCAUUCAACCCCAUUGUCCACCCCAGUGCCAUCACACAAGUCCUGCUGCUAGCUAACCCACAGAAGGAGAAAGUGAGGCUACGGUACAAGCUGACCUUCACCAUGGGAGAGCAAACCUACAAUGAAAUGGGGGACGUGGACCAGUUCCCCCCACCGGAGUCCUGGGGAAACCUCUAGGGCCGCACGUUGCAGGCACUACACUGCAGAGUCCUUGGGAAACCAGCCCUGCAGGGCUGGAGCAGCCUGAGGAGGUGGGGAGGGUGGGUGGGGGGCUGCUGCUCACGCUCUGUUCUCCAGAUGGCCGGGCGAGGGCCAGAGGGAGCGUGCAGGAGAGCAGAGACGCCAGGAGAUGUUCAUCCCACAAGACUAGGAGUGGAGUGAAAAGCUUCAUGUGGGUGAACAGUUGCCUUCCCUGCUCUUCCAAAGGCAUCACUCCCCAGUCUGUCCAGCUUCUCUUCUAACCCUGCUUUCCUACUAGGUGCAGUGGGAAACAAGGACGGGGAGCUUAACAGCCUCAGCCUGGGGCAAGGCCUAGCACAGGAAGAUACUUUUCCUUGUCUGUCCCCUCCACGCUUUCCAGCCCUUCAGCUGCUUCAUGCUCUGUGGUGCUCCCUCUUGUCCCCUCCUUGGAGCUGGGCCCUAGCAGUUCCCUGUCUGGUGGGACUGCAGUGGACCUGGUGUGGAACAAGGCUGGACAGAGACUGGGUGUGUCCAGCACCGAGAGCAGGCACGUGCCCUUUUGGGGGGGGGGGGGCAGGAGGAGAAAUCUUCCCCCUAUAUCCCUCCUUCCAGCUGCUUACGGAGCUGCGGGUGGGAGGUGGGUGCUGGGGUGGAGCCCGGGGGCUGGGAACGGUUUGCUCUGUACCUUCUCAUCCCCUUCAGCUGGAGCUCCUGGGCACUGAACCCCUGCAGCGAGGAAGCCCACACCCUUCCCGUGUGCUUUAUCAACAGCAGCAAGCUUUGGGGACUGCUGCCGAACUUUGUCCUGGUUGCCAGUCCUGAGGGGUGUGCUGGGGGGGAGAGGGGGGGCUGACUCUUCCCCGCAGCCUCCUGCCCAGCAGGGAGAGGAAGCAGCACGUAGUCUUCCUCCCCCGGCUGGGCUGGAGAGUGCGAUGGGGCAGGGGGUUUUCUCGGCUCUUCAGCAUCUUCUCGCUGUGGGUAGGUGAUGGGCUGGACUCUGGUCUCUCCCCAACUCCCAGCCCAUCACCAGGGGGCACCACUAAGCUCUGCACUGGGAGCCCGGCUCUGCACUGGGGGGGCACGGGGAAGUGGGGGGGUACAGCUGUGCCUUGCGCACCUUCGCCCGCAGCCGUGGGCCGGCCUGGCUCCCUGCGGCGGGGAGGGGGCUCGCCCCAGCCGCCUGAUCACUGUGACACAAGAGCGGGGAUCUGCAGGCACGGAGGAUACCGGCCGGUGGCACGUCCUGAGCAAUCUCUAUCCCUCGCUGGACUUGCACCACAGGAGCCGCUUCCCAUCCCUAAACUGGUUUUAACAAGGCCUGAUCUUAAAAUUGGGGGUACGCUGUGCCCUGCGUUAGCUUGCUAGAGGGUAGAAGGAGGUCUGUGCGACGUGGGGACGAGCAGGGUGCCUUGUGCUCUCGGCUCGGGGGCAGCAAAGGUGAGGUGUCGGAGCUGGGUGCAGCGAGUGAUAGAGGAGAGGGGGAAGCAAGGUCUUUAUGCUGGGGUUCUGCUGUGUCUUACUUCCCUUUCUGGUCUCUUUUCAGGGUUUUGUAUGGGUUUUUUCUUUGCAGAUCUUGUUUGGUUCUUGAACAGACUUGUAUAUAUUUUCAGUGCAAAAUUCUGUAAAUGGAAGAAAACAAACAGAUUUAAAACUAAACGCCCGGCGCGAAGAAUCUGCUGUAUUUAUGGGAAAUAAAGAGUGCUUUCCUGA